AUGAUUCUUGUGCGAGUUUUGGAAGAUGUUUUGGGAAGUUUGGUGGGCUGGAAGAAGAAGGAAGAAGAUUGCAAACGAGCGGAACAUAAAACAUUUUUGACAGUGGAUCAUAUUCAGAAAAGUCAAUACACUGGAACGUUUGAAGCUUCAUCGGAAUUGAUUUGUUUGGGAAUCCAGUCGCUUUUGCAGGACGACUUGACACGACCAUUCGAAAUUGCGGAGGAAGAAGCAUCUCUAUUACACUUUCCAAAGGAGAGAUUGAACUUGCCCUUUUACAUUUUUGGAUUCGCGUUUCGAUGGGGAUUUUUAUUCCCUCUGAGAUCAUGCUUUAUGGCUUUCGCACUGGUGUUCCUGAUUGCCUCGUCAGGAAUAUGCGUCAUUGUGAACGCAAAAAUGAAAUACUUUCGAUAUUGCGGUAUUACCUUUGCCAAGCUAUUCAACUUGUCAACCGGCCUCAUUGUCAGUUUUCAUGAUAAACGAAAUCGUCCGCGAUUCCCAGGAGUGGCAGUCGCAAACCAUCUGAGCGCCAACGAUGUCAUGACUAUCUAUUCGGGGUGUGAAUAUGAUGGAGUAGGGUAUACUAUCACAGGACAGUCACAUGGUGGUUUUGUAAAAUAUCUCUACAAGUACGGCGGAAAGUUGACACCACUUCUACUGGUUGAUCGGGCAUGCGAUAAAAAUAGGAACGCAUUGAAGCAAGCAAUUGUUGAAUAUACGAAAAGUAAAAAUGAAAAUUCGUAUCCUGUGCUUCUGUUCCCUGAGGGAUACUGUUCGAACAACAAAACUGUUCUGCAGUUCAGAAAAGCCAUUUUUGAUGGGCAAACAGCCAUAUACCCCAUUGCAGUGAAACAGAACUCAAGAUUUGGAGACGCUUUCUGGUCAGAGAAUACCUACAUACCAUACCUGAUCCGAACAAUGACUUCUUGGUGUACAAUCCUUGAUGUCUAUUAUUUACCAGCUAUGUACAAAAAAACAACAGAAAACGAAGAACAGUUUGCCAAACGUGUUCAACAUGCCAUUGCGGCGAAACUGUCAAUGGAUGCGUUGCCAUUUGAUGGAAAGCUAAAAAGUGAAAAGGAACGAAUGAAGUACAAAGAAAAACUACGAACGUGUUUAGCAGAGAAAUUAUAA